UUUAGGGGGGGAGGAUCAAACUGUCAGAGACGCAUAGAGACAGAAGAGAUCAAAGCGUUGGGUUGUUUAUAAGAGAUAAAUGCUUUUGAUGAGUUUUAAAAAAAAAACUUAAAAAAACCCAAUUUCCUCCAAACCGUAAAGUGGGCGUGACGUGGCGUCAGCGCGUGACGUCACCAACCGGUAUAUAGGAUACAGCCGUGGCGGCGUGCUCGCGCUGACACCGAGCACUCAGGCGGCGCGCGCGCCCUCACACGCUCUCCCCCCAAACAAAGAGAAGCACGCGACGCACAGGCAUCCCCCCCCCCAGCCCUGCACACAGCGUGAGCCUCAGCGAGCCAGACCGGACCGACCAUGUCGACCAACGGAACCAGCGACAUGCUGCAGAUCCAGUUCGGCCUCAUCAACUGUGAUAACAAGUACCUGACGGCGGAGACGUUCGGCUUCAAGAUCAACGCGUCCGCCCCGAGUAUGAAGAAGAAGCAGAUCUGGACGCUGGAGCAGAGCGGCGACGACGCCGCCAGCGGCGACGUGUUCUGCCUCAAGUCGCACCUGGGUCGCUACAUCGCCGCCGACAAGGAUGGCAACGUCACCGGGGACAGCGAGACCCCCGGGCCGGAGUGUCGCUUCGUCAUCACCGCCCACGACGACGGCCGCUGGUCGCUGCGGUCCGAGCAGCACGGCCGCUACCUGGGCGGCACCGAGGACCGGAUCAUCUGCUUCGCGCAGACCGCGUCGGUGGCGGAGAAAUGGAGCGUGCACAUCGCCAUGCAUCCGCAGGUCAACGUCUUCAGCCUGACGCGCAAGCGGUACGCGCACCUGAGCGCCAAGGUGGACGAGGUCGCCACCGACCGGGACGUGCCCUGGGGGGUGGACUCCACCAUCACCCUCGUGUUCCGUGAGCAGCGGUACCACCUGCAGACCUACGACAACCGCUUCCUGAGGAACGACGGCACGCUGGUCCCCAAGACGGACCGGAGCACGGGCUACACGCUGGAGUUCCGCUCCGGCAAGGUGGCGUUCAGGGACUGCGGCGGCAAGUACCUCGCGCCCUCCGGGCCCUCCGGUACCCUCAAGUCCGGCAAGAGCGCGCGCGUCGGGAAGGACGAGCUGUUCGUGCUCGAGCAGAGCCACCCGCAGGUCGUGCUCACCGCCGCCAACGAGAGGAACGUCUCCACCCGCCAAGGUAUGGAUCUGUCAGCCAACCAGGACGAAGAAGGGGACCAGGAAGUGUUCCAGGUGGAGAUUUGCCGCGAGAACAGGAAGUGUGCAUUCCGAACGGCUGCCGGGAAAUACUGGACCCUGACUGCUAACGGUGGACUGCAGUGCACUGCCUCCACCAAGUCAGCUAACUGCUACUUUGACAUUGAGUGGCGUGGGAAGAAGCUGACUCUCCGGGCUGCCAACGGGAAAUAUGUCGCCGCCAAGAAAAACGGCCAGCUAGCAGCCACCAUCGAUUCUGCAAGUGAGACUGAGGAGUUUAUCAUGAAGCUGAUUAACCGCCCCAUCAUCGUGCUGCGUGGGGAGCAUGGCUUCAUUGGCUGCAGGAAGGUGACCGGGACGCUGGACUCCAACCGCUCCUCCUACGACUACUUCACCCUUGAGUUCAGAGAUGGCGCCUACAGCCUGCAAGACUCCACGGGUAAAUACUGGAUGGUUGGUAACGAGCAGUCGGUGGUGAGCAGCAGUGACACACCCGUCGACUUCCUCUUUGAGUUCUGCGACUACAACAAGCUGGCCGUGCGCCACGUGGCGGACGGCAAGUAUCUCCGCGGCGACCACGCCGGCGUGCUGAAGGCCAACGCCGACGACCUGGAGUCCGCCACGCUCUGGGAGUACUGAAGGACGGCGAGAGUGCGAUGGGUGGUUACCGUGGCAACACGAGCGUGUGGCGUCGCACCUCUCACCCGCACACACGCAUGCACGCCCGUUCGUAUAUCUAACCUUCCCACCGCCCUGUCCACCCCUCCCUUCCUCACCCCGUAUUUUCCCCUCCUUAUGACCUACAUGUUAAUGAACUGCACAGUGAGAGAGGAAUGAAUGGAAAGAGGUAGAGGAGAGAAGGGGGCGGGAGAGAAGGAAGGAGUGCAUUUGCCGUUUAGGUAUAAUUUGCUCUUUUUCUGCCCCACCCACCCACACUACUUCUUCCUCCUCCUCCUUUUCUUUUUCUCUCUCCAUCCCUCUUCUUCUCCUCUACCCCCCCCCCCCCACAGCUCUGCUCUGCAGUGCCGACCUUUAUCUGUUGCCAUAGCUACCGGGGGGCUGUGCACUUUUUCCUGCUCCAAUCUGGUUCGCUGCUCCACCCGCUGCUCCUUCAUCUCCUCACCUUAUAUUUUGUAUUUGGGCUGCUUCUCAUUUCAUCUGCCCCACCCCCUCCAAGCCUCUUUAUUCCCAGAGCAGAGCCACCUUUCAAAAGAGCCCCUCAUCUCCUAAUUCACCCUGUCCCUCUCCCUUUGCCCCUCUACCUAGCUUUGUCUGUGUGAGCAGCACAUGAUGGCAGUAUUUAUGGUGUCUGGUCUGAUAUAUUGAAAUUUCUUCCCGACCAAAUCUUCUGAAACCGUUUACUCUUUCAAACAGUCUAGUGUGGCCACUGUUAGCUAGCUAGCUAACUGGGUGUUAGCUGGGUUGUGCGAUGACGUGGCGAGAUGGUUUGUGCUGGACUUAGUCUAGUGGGUCUGUUUCUACGAGGUUGGGUUAUGUCGAAGUGGUUUGUGUGUUGUUUCCAACAUACUUUUUUUUGUUUGUUAUCAUACCAGGUCUAGUGUGUUUGUUUCUGGAGCGGGCUCUAUUGCCUCUGUGUGAUGAUUUAUGUGAUAUAACUGGAGAGAAUCUGACGAUUUAAGAUGAUGAAGAUGAUGUAUCCACUGGGUGCGAGCCCUUUUCAUCUCAACUGUACAAUAUUCAAAUGUAAACCAGUUUCCUUUUUCUAACUGUGAUCACAUUGGUUGGCACAGAGUCUUGAGUUUCCCUUUUGUUUUAUUUUUUGUUUUUUUGUCCCCCGGACCAAACAGGAUGUAGUAAGUAAAACUAGAAAGAAAAUACGUUGUGCUCCUUCCCUUCCACAAACUUAAACUAUUGUCCCGUGGUGUUUAUAAAGAAAAGGCACGGUCAGAUGUUUACUGCACUCAACCUAUCUUACUAGAAGAAAAACCCAGUUGCAUGAAUUUCGUUUUCUAUAUCCAAGGCACAGACAUUAUCAUGGGCGGGCGUGGCUAGCUAGCUAGCUAUAGCGACUUAUGCAGAUGGCGAGGGUGCUGCAAUGAAACGUUUAGUUUACGUUUAGCUGCCUUUUUUUUGGUUUAAAUCCCUUGAACAAAGUCGAGAUUUGUCACAUUUGUCCUGAACGUAGAACCCUGAUACUGGAAGGACGGCUCCCCCCCCCCCCAUCUUACUUAUUCAUGCAACUGAUGACAACGUGAAUCUGGUGCUGUCCAUCUCACUACACACAUGAAAAUAUCGCCGUGUGUUUUCGCAGUUUGCAAGCCUGUCUCAUAGCAUCUCAACCACAGACGGGAACUUGUCGCCAGUCAGUCCACGUUCUGUGGUCUCAUACUGCACAAAGUCGAGACGGGCUAGCCUGUUCUGAAUUGCUGAACCUGUGCUUGGAUAGGUUUGCCAUAAUCAAGAGACUUUACGGAGUGUCCUAGAAAAACCUCCAUACUAAAUCAUCUAAUUCUCUCUCUCUCUCUUUUUUUUAAAAUUCCUAUCCAUUUGCACUGACUCGGCUGAAAUUUGCAAAGCGUCCAGACAUACCUGUAACCUAUUAUAAGUGUGUGUUUGGUUUAUGUUGUAGGUUUAGCUGAUCCAGACUCGGUGUAGGUGGAAAAAAAGGAGGGACGAUGAGACGGGAGGAAGACAUGUACUUGAGGGUGUUUGCUCGCACGAGUUUGAGUUUGGUGCUUGACUUGUCUGCCCCAGCGGCAGCGGUCGUGUUUGACUGGAAUGUGUUCAUGCCGAUCUUUAGUUGUGUAGCGAAUUAAACCUGCAGGUUAAAAUGCUGCUGUGAUUCUCAACCCUUCAGUUUGGUUUCCCUGGAAAAAAACGACUUUGAGAGUUGUUGAUUUUUGUCCUUAAUCUGCAUAGGAGCACAAACAGUCUCGAGAUGACUUUUUUGGGGGGGGGACCAUGAACGAAAGAGGUUCUCAUGCCUUUCGUCUGGUUAAACAAACCAGAGAAAACACUAGAUCCCCAUCUCUACACAAAACCAUUUUUCCCCCCCGUGUGAAGGUUUGAACAUCUCUGCAAAGAAGGGUUGAGAAUCGCCAGCUAAUGGAGUGGUUCUCCUCGGGAGACCAUUGUCUCCUCCGGUUUCCAAGACCAAGGUUCAGACAAACAGAUGUGGAAGGGAAAGCAUGUGGUAAUGACUGUGCCUUACUGAGUUUAUGGGCAGUAGAAAAAAAGAAGAAGAAAAGAAUGGAUAAUAAAACGGCCACAUCUUUGCUUUGUAUAACUGGAAUUUCCUUUUUUAUAUUGUUUUGUAUAAUUUUUUGAUAUUGUGGUUUAAUCUUCCUCUCUUGCCAUUGGUUCACCUGAAAUCCAACAACAAAUAAAACAGGGAUUUGAAAACACUA